AUGAUAACCAACGGUAGUCUAACUGGCUUAUUUUCUGAAGAAGAAGUUUCUGUACCUCGUCAACUUCGUUUUUGGUUGUUUCUCAUAUUACUUAUUCCAUCCAUUUAUUGUUCAUGCGUUUUACUUUUUCAACUUUUCGUCAAUAAAAAAUUUCGAUCUCAAUUGAGUAAUCAUAUUAUUAUCUGUCUACUCAUCCUUGGAUUACUUAUAGAAUUAAUCGAUAUACCUUUGCAUCUUAGUUUCUUACAACUAGGUUUUGUUUGGCCAUCUACACCUACUUUAUGUACUAUCUGGUGGUUUGUAGAUACAGGAAUAUAUAAUGGAUGCGUUAUAAUUAUGGCAUGGGGUUCUAUUCAUCGUUAUUUAUUAAUAUUUCAUGAUCGAUUAUUUCUGAUUGCAAAGAAGCGCUUUCUUUAUCACACGAUGCCUCUCUUCAUUUUGAUCUUAUAUAUCUUUACAUUUUAUGUAGUUGUAAUAAUAUUUCCACCAUGUUCAAAGAUAUAUGAUUAUAACUUACCUAUUUGUGGUGAAUAUCCAUGUUAUUUAAGUAUACCUUUACUUGGCAUAUGGGAUACAGUUAUAAAUAGUAUUGUACCAACUGCAAUAAUUACUGUUUUUAGUAUAAUUGUAUUAGUUCGUGUUUAUAUUCAAAAACGACGUCUUAAUCGAGCUAAUCGAUGGCGUAGACAACGUAAAAUGACAAUUCAAUUAUUUUCCAUUUGUAUUUUAUAUUUAUCGGCGAAUGUUCCACUUAAUCUUGUUAUUUUUGGUCAUAUUUGCGGUCUAUCCCCUCAGUUUGGUGCAAAUGUACAAGUUUACGCUAAUUAUCUGUGUUAUUUCGUUACUCUUCUGUUUCCAUUUGUCUGUCUUAGUACUCUUUCUGAAAUGCGCAAGAAACUACGAUGGAAGGGUUUACUUUUAUUUCGACGUUCACGAUACAUUUCUACGAUCCAUCCUAAAUGA